AGUAACUUAAGUUACUGUAAAAACCCUUUGAAAUGUCUAACAGUGUAUGUUCAUUUUUUUGUUCUUCCGUCUUGUUCAUUUGCCACCUUCGCUUUAUUUUUCGUGAAGCAUUAUUUUGUUUUGCUUCAGCUGUUUGUGCAUUUUGGGUACAGAGCAGUGAAGGGAGGGGUGUGUUUGUUUGGACUGAAUUCAAAUAUCAGCAGUGUUUCGCAGAAAUAGUUUUAUCUGUAUUAGCUGCAGUUCCACUGAACUCGUUCAUAAAGGAAGAAAGGAAACAGCUUUCAGGAUGUCUGGAUGCACCAGAGUGCUUUCUUAUAAAACGUCAAGUUUGAUGAGCUUUAAUGGGCCACAGAGCUGAUUAACUGAAAAUGGACAACCUGCUUAAAUUCAUAUUUGUAGCUGUAAUUCUGAUGUCUAAUGAGCGUUUGCUCAUAUCAGGAUCGAGUCGCUCCAUAUCUGCGUCUGCGGGUGAAGAUGUCACUCUGAACUGCUCUGUAGACUCUCACAUCACACCUGAACACAUUGAAGAGGUUUCAUGGAAGAAAACAGAUGAAGAUGAAGAUAUUCUGGUUCUGCUCUACCAAAACCAUGAGUCUUUACCAGAUUCAUCAGAUGAGCGAUACAGAGACAGAGUUGAGUUCUUCACUGCUGAAAUCCCCAAAGGAAACUUCUCUCUCAGACUGAAGAGCGUCAGAACUGAGGAUAAAGGAGUUUACAUGUGUCAAGUGUUUGCUGGAGGACUUACAGCCAAUGCAACUGUAGUACUGGAGAGACUGGGUUUCUCUGUUUCACACAUAAUGGUGUUGAUUCUCUGUAUUUCUGCAUUUGGAUCUGCACUUCUGCUCUGCUGCCUGAUCUACUGCAGAUCACACAAUGAAGGAUCGAAUGUUCACGGUCCCUCUGGUCCUCUGGUUGCUCUUCAGGGAUGUUCAGUGAUUUUGCCCUGUUAUGUUAAUGAAAAAACGGAGGGUCUAAAUGUGGAAUGGAGAAAAACAGAUUCAGGGAAUCAGGUUUAUAAAUAUUCGUAUAAAGAUGGUAAGAGUGAAAAGUCAAAAGAUGCCCAAUGUGAUUCUCAUUUCUUUACUGAUCGGAUUCAACAUGGAAACUUCUCCCUCCAUCUGGACAAUCUGAGACCUGAAGAUGCGGGAGAAUAUACAUGUUCAGUUUCAGCUAAAAUUAAUGUGAAACUGAGUCUACUUGGUCCCUCUAGUCUACCUGACUCCCUCCGUCUUCAUCUCUUUCUAGUCUUCUGUCCAAAUAUGAUCAUGUUCUUUGCUUUUGUUUUCUGGGGUGUUUCUGAAGGGUCUCUGAAUGAGUCGGUCUCUUGUUGUGCUCUUUAUUUUCUGAGGCCUCUCGUGUUGCUGUGGGCAGCCCCAUAUAUUAAAGAUCUCACAGACACCAUUAAAAGACCGAUUCUGGAAUACGGUUAUUUUGCUGAAUAUGUUCCCUUCUCAAUUGUUGUUUAUUCAGCUCUUUUUAGAAGUACUUGGCAAAAAGUCCUGAAUUACCCUGAAUUUGACAGAUUUGUGAUAAUAGUUCUGUUUUCAGUAGUGAUUCUGUCCUGCCUCUGCAAAAUCAUUUACGUUUCAGUUAAAGAGAUUUUAAAACCAAGUGGAUUGGUAAUUAAUAUAUUUGACCUUGUGGCUGAUAUGACCUUUGAUAUUGUGCCUACAUUACAAUUCAUCCUCCUGUUCUACACAUUUGCAUCUAUCAGAGGAGCAUUCAUCGUUAUUGUCAUUUUACCAGUGUUAAUGAUGAUGACGAACGACAGAUGGACUUUUAGAUGUGGAAGCCUCGACUGUCCACUUGUGGGCAAAAGGGCAGUGAUGUUAUUCUUCAGUUUUGUGAUUAAUGCAGUGAUGAUCAGUCUUUACAUUAUCACAAUGGAAAAAAAACCAGAACCUAUUGGAUGGAGCUGCGUGAUGGUGUUUAUGCAAUUACUCUGGGCAGUUAUGAAGUUUACAGACAAAGAUUUCAUUUAUCUCCAUUUUAAUCAGGCUUUUCAUCGUGUUGUCCCUGUGUAUCUGUUUGGAUCAGUUGGUUUUGUUUUACUGACCUCCGUUGCACUAUUAGCAGAAAUGAUACUAACAGCGAAUGGUGAUCAUGCAGUUGGAGAUUUGAGAUUAAUUGUCUUUCCUUUAGAAUCUUUCUUCGUCUUUUGUGUGCUGAUUUCAGCACACAUUCCGUCUGUGGUUUCUGGAAUAACGUGUCUGCAGUGUUGUCAGAGAGAAGCGAGAGCUAAUGACUUUCCAGUCACUGGAUUUAAUCAGAACCAGGAUUCACAGAAUGCAGCAGAAUCUUCUGAAUCUCCUGCCAGUGGAUCAAACCAGAGCCAGAAAACAGCAGAAUCAUUUGAAAUGAAUCCAACUCCAACGGUAGAAAUGAAGCUGAGAGAGAAAAAUCUGUGCUAUAAGAAAUAACCAACUGCAUGGAUCUGAUGGAUUGAGGUUUAAAUCUAAAGAUCACAGUGUCAAUGAUGGCACAGGUGGCGCUAUGACUGUCUGAAUAUGAGCAUGCAGAUGUGUUCAGGACUGAACUCCUAUGAAACGUGUGAAGUUUGGGGCAGAUCGGACAUUGCUUGCCUGAGUUACAGCAACUUCCUGUUUCAUGGCGAAACAUCAAACUUUGUCAGGCCGCCAGGGACACGCCCCUUGACGAAAACUCUAGAUCUUCGCAAUUUAACAUCGCAAAGGCCUUAUGAUUACACUCAGCAAAUUUGAAGACGAUCCGAUUAAAACUGUAGGAGGAGUUCGUCAAAGUACGAAGCCUGGAAAUUGCUAAAACUGCACAAAAAUUGAACAGGAAAUUCAAAAUAACGUACUUCCUGUUGGGUUUUGGAUUUUGUACCAAGAGGCUUUUUUGUAGGUAAUGGUGUGUUACACGUGUGUAUCGAUUUUCAUGCAUGUACAUAAAACGUAGCUCGAGGCGCACUCUUUUGAAAUUUUAUAGGUGGCGCUAUCGAGCCAUUUUGCCACACCCACUUCUGAAACCUAUAUCAGAUGUACAUUUUCGCCAGUUCUGACGCGUGUGCAAAGUUUCAUGAGUUUUGGAGCAUGUUUAGGCCCUCAAAAAUGCGAUUCACUUUGAAGAAGAAGAAAUUGCCUGCAGAAUGCCAAAGCUGUCCCCUGUAGACCAGCCUUUUAUGUGGGAGAAUAUAUUUAUUGUUGUCAGCCACUUUAACAUUGUAAAUACACAGUCUUAACAUUAACACUGCACUGUGCUUACAUACAGGUAAAUAAAAUAAAAAAAACUUAAAUUAAGAUUAAAUUCAAAUGUACUGUGUUUUAACAUUAAUUUAUAUUUAAUUUAGUGAUUCAUCUGCGUACUAGUCUAAUGGCACUCAUACUUUGAGAACAACUGAAACAAGGUCUGCAUCCAAAAUUGUACAAAACGAGUUGGCCUACCUACAAAUAAAAAAAAAAUGACACUGACUGUUUGAUCAAAAUCUCAUAAGUAUUGAUCAAGCCGAGUUUGGUGUAAUGACGUUAUUUAGCUAUUAUUGUUAAUGUAAAAGUUUUGCACUGUUUUUGAAAAUGGGCAUGUUGUAUUGUGUUAAAAUAUUUUUAUUUUGUAAAUAUGUCAUGUUGAUUUGAUAUUUAAAAACUAAUUUUAGCUGUAAGCCAAGCUCAACAGUAUAAAUAAAUCAGAGACAUAGACCCAUCAGAAACACUGAGACUGAAUUUAAACCUUCAGAUGGCAGAUAUGACUUUUUCUUUUUUACAUAAAGGCAUUAUGACACA